AUGGCGGUUGUUCUCGAUGCUUUGGCACCCUAUGUGAAGAAGAUAAUCACGGACAUGGCAAAAGAGGAGGUGCGCAUGCUGCUGGGUGUUCCCGGUGAAAUCAACAAGCUGAAGGAUAACCUGGUAUACCUCCAAGACUAUCUGGCUGAUGCUGAGAGGAGGCGCGUCACCGAUGUUAGCGUGCAGUCGUGGGAUGUCAUCCAGCCAUUGGUGUUCUGCCUGCAGAACCCUUUGUUCGCCCAUGAGACGGGUAGCCGGAUAAAGAAGCUGAACCAGGAGCUUGACAGCAUCCGCAAGGGCGCCGCUCAGUUCAAUUUCCUCAAACUCGGAUCCUACGAGGAAAAGAGGACGCCAACAGAUAGUACAGCACAAGCAAGACGCAAGACGACAUCGGGGUUCGAUGAGUCGGCUAUCGUUGGUGAAAAGAUCCAGAGGGAUACAGAGAACCUGGUGCAGAAGCUAAUAAUGUCCAAUAAUCGCCACGACAGCAGUGCCAGUACUACCAUCAAGGUGGUGUCAAUCGUAGGCCCCGGUGGCAUGGGCAAGAGCACUCUUGCCAGGAAGAUCUUGGCAAACGAGGCCAUCAAGGAGGAGUUCAAAACCAAGAUAUGGCUGAGCGUCACUCAGAAGUACGAGAAAGUGGAGCUGCUGAGGAACGCCAUCACCCAGGCCAAGAAGGAACCGGCCAAAGGGAAGGACGAGUCCUUUCUCGAGGAGACCCUCACGGAUGCCCUGUCGGCGAACAAGUUUCUGCUCGUCUUGGACGACUUGUGGACGGACGGAGCGUGGAAGGAAGUGCUCCACGUCCCUGUGGUUAGCGCUGCCCGUAAGCAACCGGGUAGCCGCGUCCUGCUCACCACAAGAAAUGAAGACGUCACACUCAAGAUGGGACACUAUCACUCGCACAGUGACCAACUCCAUGUCAGCAAACUGGACGAUGAAGAUGCUUGGUCCCUGCUCAAGAAACAGCUGCCCCGCCAGCGGCAGGUGGGUAUUGCGGGUGAUUAUGAUGAGCUGAAAGAUAUCGGGAUGAAGAUUAUUAAAAAAUGUGAUGGAUUACCGCUUGCUAUUAAGGUUAUGGGUGGACUAUUAAGCACUAGGCGUCCAAAAGAACGUGAAUGGGAGAUUGUUUUGAACAAGAAUAUUGAGUGGAAAAAAGAUGAGGCGCGGGAGGAAGAGGAACUCAACUACUCAGUUCGUUUGAGCUAUGAAGAUUUAUCUCCACAAUUGAAGCAAUGCUUUCUCUACUACUCACUUUUCCCAAAGGGUUCAGGCUUUAUAGAGGAAAGAGUUAUUAGUAUGUGGAUUAGUGAAGGGUUUGUUCAGCAUGAUGGGAGGUCAGAGUCAGGCCAACUCGAUCUUGAGGAUAUAGGGGCUGAGUAUCAUCGGGAGUUGGUUGCUAGGAACCUUUUGGAGCCCGAUGAUUCAACUGACAAUAUAUGGGACUACACCAUGCAUGACAUUGUCCGCUCAUUUGCUCAGUUUAUGUCAAGAGAAGAAGCUUUUGUGGUUCACGAGGAUCAAGCCGACAUUAGAAGUCUUCUACCAGAAAACAAAAGAUUCCGCCGUCUCUCUAUUGAUAUAGUUGAUUCAGAACUGGAGUGGUCCAUCCUAGAGCAGCAAGAAACAUUGAGAACAUUAUUAUUGAUAAGCUGUGACAUUAAACCUAUAGGUUCAUUACAAAAUUUUGCUAGUCUGCGGGUACUGGAAAUAAGCUCCGUGCAGUCUGACUGGUUAGUGGACUCUCUGUGUCAACUCAGACACCUAAGAUACUUGUCAUUGUCAUAUACAGACAUAUCUAGGCUUCCACAUGACAUCCAUAAGAUGUGGUUCCUUCAACACAUUCAGCUUGACAACUGUACAAAGUUGGAGAAGCUUCCAGAUAGCAUCACCAAAUUAGUCGGUUUAAGAAAUCUUUCCUUAACUGGGUCCAAAGUUGAUACAAUACCAAGAGGGUUCGGCGUAAAGAUGGAUGGGGACUGGUGCACUUUAGAAGAGCUAGAAGCUCUUUCACAUCUUAGAAGUCUUCAAGUCAACAGUCUGGAAAAUGUGCUUGAUAGCUCAAUUGUUACAAAGGCUGGAAUUAGAAGCAAGAAGCAUCUGGAGUAUUUGGAGUUAAAUUGGUACGUUGAUGAUGAUGAUGAUGAUGAUGAGGAGGAGGAGGAGGAGGAGGAGGAAGAGGAUGGCGAUGAUCGUGAUGACAACCAAGAUGAUGAGGUUGAGGAGCAGCAGGAGGUGGAGAAGGAAGAUGAUGAGAAGGAGGAGGAGGAGGAACAUGAGGACGAUGAGGAGAAAGAGGAGGAUGAACAAACAGAAGUUGAGAAUAUUGAUCAGGACAAAGAGGAGGACGAUGGUCAUACUGAGGAUGAUGGUUUGUGCAGAAUCCCCGGAUUGGAAGAACUGCUUAUCAGCAAUGCUCCAGCCAUCGAGCAUGUUGGGCCUGACUUUCAGAGCGUAGCAAGCGGAGAUGGAAGAAUUGUUUCUAAACCGUUCCCUGAGCUAGUAAAAUUGGAAUUGCUCGGGCUGUCCGUAUGGAAGGAAUGGAACUGGGAGAAGCACAGCGAAGCCAUAUCCAUGGCAGCUCUGGAACAUCUACAACUCACAGACUGCAAGCUGACCCAUCUUCCCCCUGGACUUGCCUGUGACUAUAGGUAUAGUCUGAGAAGCAUAUGCCUAAAAGAUCUCACACAGCUAGAAUAUUUGGAGAACUUCCCUUCGGUUGUGAAACUCGAUGUGCAUGAAUGCCCCAUGCUCAAGACCAUCAGCAGCUUCUCCAUGUUGCGGACGGUCAACAUUGAUGGUUGCCAGAAGCUGAAGGUACUGGAGGGUGUCCCGGUACUCGACAACAUGGUGUUGGAUGAUAUUCCAUGGGAUGUUAUCGGGACACCAGCCAGAUGUAGGCCCAAGGGAUAUCAAGCUGGACUGCAGCGUCAGCUCCCACAAGAUCUUACUAUUAUCAGGUAG